GGGGAAAGUGUGCUGGGCUCCAGCGAGGAGGAAAGAGACAGAAACCAGGAGAGACGGAGACAAUUCUUUCCACACGCUCACAUUUUUUAAAUCGAGAGGUGCGCUUUGAGAGAGCGGCUGCAGACAGUGCAUAAGUUAUCAAGGCACCGUAUUUUGAGUCAUACCUUUUUUUGGAGUGGGUCGAAAAUAAUAUUUCGAGUGAAGUGGAUGUGUUAAGUGGCAAAGGUUUGACACAGAGCCGGAGGAAUGUAUUCAACUCGGGCAGCGGCGAGCCAGCUUCUUCGGGGAUGUCCAGCCUGCGCGCUGUGGGUCACCCUGCUGCUCCAAAGUGUCCUGGACCUGAGCGCCUCUGGGUCUGAGUUUCCCCAGGACCCCAGUGUGAUAGCUACCUCUUCAUGGAACACCUCUAGUGAUGGGUCCUUAUUCAUCCGCCUUGAAGCUCCCAUGAACAACAUCACCACCUCUCUGGGCCACACAGCUGAGCUUUUCUGCCGCGUGUCCGGCAACCCACUGCCCACUGUGCGCUGGCUGAAGAACGACGCCCCGGUGGUGCAGGAGCCUCGACGGAUCUCCUAUCGAUCCACUCCUUACGGAUCACGCCUCCGCAUUCGCAACCUGGACACUACUGACACGGGCUACUUCCAGUGCAUGGCCACCAACACACAAGGGACUGUGUCCACGACAGGCGUGCUCUUUGUCAAAUUUGAUCCACUCCCUACUCUCCUGCCAGGAAGGCCAACGGAUGAUUUUGAUGAAGAGGGAUUCUGCCAGCCUUACAGAGGUAUAGCCUGUGCCCGCUUUAUAGGUAACCGCAGCAUCUUCGUCGACUCGUUGCAGAUGCAGGGAGAGAUCGAGACACAGAUCACAGCGGCCUUCACCAUGAUCGGGACAUCCAACCAUUUGUCUGAUCGUUGCUCUCAGUUUGCUAUCCCGUCUCUUUGCCACUUUGCCUUCCCGACAUGUGACCGCAGCACUGGAACCGACAAACCCCGGGACCUUUGUAAAGACGAGUGUGAGAUCCUGGAGAACGACUUGUGUAAGACAGAGUACAUUAUCGCCCGCUCUAACCCCAUCAUCCUGAAGAGACUGAAACUACCUAACUGUGAGGACCUGGCCGCCUUCGACAGCCCAGAGGCCGGCAACUGUCUUAGGAUCGGCAUCCCCAUGGCCGAGCCCAUAAACAAGAAUCACAAGUGUUACAACAACAGCGGGGCGGACUACAGAGGGACUGUCAGUAUGACAAAGUCAGGCCGUCAGUGUCAGCCGUGGAACUCGCAGUAUCCUCACAGCCACACCUAUCUGGCCGUCCGCUACGCCGAGCUCAACGGAGGACACUCGUACUGCCGUAACCCUGGGAACAAACUGGAGGCCCCCUGGUGCUUCACGCUGGACGAAGGGGUCCGCCUGGAGAUGUGUGACAUACCCGUCUGUGACCAUAAAGACAAGUCUGGCAGCAGCGGCGGCAACAUGGAGAUCUUGUACAUCCUGGUUCCCAGUGUGGCGAUCCCCUUAGCCAUCGCCUUGCUAUUCUUCUUUAUAUGCGUGUGCCGCAACAACCAGAAGGCCCCCAGUCCUCCGGCCCCUCGCCAACCCAAACCUGUCCGAGGACAAAACGUAGAGAUGUCCAUGCUCACAACGGCAUACAAACCGAAGAGUAAGGCCAAAGAACUUCCCCUUUCGGCUGUGCGUUUCAUGGAGGAGCUCGGAGAGGGAUCUCUAGGGAAAAUCUACAAGGGUCACUUGUAUCUGCCGGGCAUGGACCAGGCACACCUUGUGGCCAUAAAAACCCUGAAGGAUGUCUCCAAUGCCCAACAGUGGGCCGACUUCCAGCAGGAGGCCACAGUGCUGACAGAGCUGCAGCACCCAAACGUGGUGUGCCUGCUGGGCGUGGUGAUCCAGGAGCAGCCUGUCUGUAUGCUGUUUGAGUUUUUGCCCCAAGGCGACCUCCACGAGUUCCUCAUCAUGCGUUCCCCACACUCUGACGUUGGCUGCAGCAGCGAUGAGGAUGGCACUGUGAAGUCCAGCUUGGAUCAUGGAGACUUCUUGCAUAUGUCCAUACAGGUGGCUGCUGGUAUGGAGUACUUGGCUAGCCACUUUUACACCCAUAAAGACCUUGCAGCUCGAAACAUUCUAGUGGGUGAGCAGCUCCACAUCAAGAUCUCCGACCUGGGUCUCUCCAGAGGGAUCUACUCCUCGGACUACUUCUGUUUGCAGCCCAAAACUCUCCUCCCCAUUCGCUGGAUGCCCCCCGAGGCCAUUACCUAUGGCAAGUUCAGCACAGACUCGGACAUCUGGUCAUUCGGAGUUGUUUUGUGGGAGAUCUUCAGUUAUGGGCUGCAGCCCUAUUACGGCUUCUCCAACCAGGAAGUGAUGGAGAUGGUGAGAAAGAGGCAGCUGCUGCCCUGUCCCGAGGAUUGUCCGCCAAGGUUUUAUGGUUUGAUGACUGAAUGCUGGCAGGAGGGACCAACACGUCGGACGCGGUUCAAAGAAAUCCAUGCUCGCCUGCGGGCCUGGGAGGGGCAUUCUUCACAUGCCAGCUCCAGCACGCCCUCUGGGGGCGGAGGCAACGCCACCACCCAGACCACCUCGCUCAGUGCCAGCCCCGUCAGCAACCUCAGCAACCCCCGCUACGCUGCUGCUGCGGCUGCUGGGUACCUCUACCAAACCCAGGCCAUCCCCUCGGGGGGUCAGAUGGCCCCGAUUCAAGCCUGGGCACCAAUGGCUGUGACGCAAACCCACCAGCGCUUUAUCCCUGUCAAUGGAUACCCCAUCCCACCAGGAUACGCCGCUUUCCCAGCCCACUUUCCUCAACCUGUCCCACCAACCCGGGUCAUCCAGCACCACCUGCCCCCUCCCAAAAGCCGCUCACCCAGCAGUGCCAGCGGCUCCACUAGCACUGGGCAUGUAAGCGGCGUCCCCUCCACCACGGGGUCCAACCAUGACGCCAAUACGCCACUGCUCUCCCACUGCAUCAUGCCAGGUAACGUUGGAGGGCAGAUUCAGCUAUACGGACAAGUUUGCCAAAAAGGAAUGGGACAUCUGGAACACCCAUCGCAAGUGGCGCUGCUCGCUGAUGCUGACACACUGAUGUACGACUCUGUCAUCACUGCAGACCUGUAGAUAAAACGAAAGGUACACAGUCUUUCUGCUCGGGACCCACAUUUGAGCAGUUUACCUCUCACGCAGGGACCCAGUAGAACAUUUUUACCCUUGUCCCUUGGACGUCUAACAGAAACCGGCCUGUAAGCACAUUUGAGUGUGCAAGAAACACUGCCACAGCUACACCAAUAUAUACACAGCUGUCUGACAUAUUAAUGCCUUAUUGUUUAAAGCAUUUGUUCUUACUACCAUGGUUUGGAAAUGUUGUGUUAUUAUUUUAACCUCUGUGUAAAUACGGUACAAAAGUCCUGAAUGAAAGAGUGAAAUACAAAGAUACGUAUAUAUUCAAAAAUAACUUUUUAUUAAGGAAAAAAUACUUUAAAAUUAAAAUGGAAGCAAGUCUAUCCUGUGGCCGACGAAAUGGUUUGAAUUACAGUCUGAAAAAAUUUCUGUGUCAACAUUUGAGUUACCGGAUCGUUUUAAUGCAGGAUGUGAAGGAAACACUGACAUUUUUACCGUUCAGCAGGGGUGCAAUUUGCUUGUUUCUGAAAUUAUUUGAAUACAAAAAUGUGCUUUACAUUUGCUUGUAUAGUAAAAGAAACUGCAUUUAUCAAGCGAUAAUGGAGAGAAAAAAUGCAAACAGCAGAUUGAACAAACAAGAAGGUCAGCAGCUUUCACUAAGAAGACCAGCAAAGACCUACUUGAAUAUUUGUUGAUGUGCGUAUUGAAGUCAGACAGCUGAAUGCUUUGUGACAGCUCCCCAUCGAGGCUGCUGGAAUUGAAACGAAAGAGAUAAAGGUCAUACGUUGGCUAAAAAAUUGGUGCAGGCUCUGAGAUCUGGCCUUUUUCACACAAAAUCCCUUCGGAAAUUACCCCGGAAUGUUAUUUGUGCAACAACAUGACAAUUUGCAGCAUGGACACAAGCCUCAUCAUCGGUCUUUUGUUUCUCCUUCCAUUCCUUCAUCGUGUCCCCCUCCUCCUUUUUCCUCCUUUACCAUCAUCCACCCUCCCAGAAGAGCAGGCAUGGCAUCUGACUUCAGAAUCUGAGAUACAAAGGAUCUAUAAAUGAAACAACACAAUGCUCAUAUCCUCCACAGUAAAAAUGGACCGGCCUCAUCGAACUAUUCACAGUCAUGCAAAACUGAAAUGUCCCCCUGACUAAAGAAUAGCUAUAAUAAGUGUAAUUUGAAUUAUGCAUUUUGGAUUUUAUGGGAGAGGUUUUCCAGUAUUUGAGAUUUUUCUUAAAGAUUUUAUUCACAGGACCUAUCUUCACGUAUUUGACUUUUUCUUUCCUGUAUUACCUGCGCUUGUUUGGUUCAAAAACUUUUCAAGACAUGGAGGAGGGAAAGUACUCGAAGCAGAGACAGUUAAGCACAUAAGGCUCCUAAUAGACAAUGUUACAAUUAAACAAAUCUGCCUCAUGUACGUGAAACAGAACUCCGAUGAACAGUAUGUUUAACACCCACUCUGUGUCUUUACAGUAGGAUGUUAGAUUUAAAUAAGGGUCAUUUUCCUGAUCUGGGGACCGACUGUAUCACUGGGUGCAGAGAAAUAUAUGUACAAUUUUUCUUAUAUUUGGUUCCUUAUGAGAAAGUGGCCAGUAUGCUAAUAAUGUUAUUUCAAACGUCUCGCAGCAAUUGUGCUGACAUGUAAGCAAUCCCAACAAGUGCAGCUUCUAAAGGAAAAGUAUCUAAAUUAACAUGACCUUAUUGUUUUGUUCAGAGUCUUAGUUAUUUUUAUUUCAACAUGUCCAGUAGCAGGUCCUUUUAUAUGGUUUUCGACUCAAUCACCCAAAUACUAAAAUGUUUUUGGUUAAUGAUUAAUAAUUUUCAGUCAUUUUUAUCACAUUUAAUGCCGUAGCUGUCUGUUAUUAUUUAAUGAUGAUAGAAGCACAGCUAAAUAUGAAGCUUUUUUUUAACAUAUAGAUAACAGAAAACAGCUGCAGUUAGUAAAGUUUGGUAUCUUUGUUACCCUCUACAGUGCCUUCUGGGUAGUAGACAAUCAUUGGUUUUGAAAGUUGUACGAGACUCUACGUUUUGCACUUCUUAUCACUCUUUCAAUCCGUUGUAUUCACUAACCAAUCACACUUUAGUCAGGCACAAGGGUAUGCUGGUAGCAUUUCACUGUGUAUCUGCAGAGCAUGUAGCGAUGUGAAAACAGCCUGUUGCCUGUAGUGCACUUUUUAAAUUUGUGGAAUGUAGAUAGACAACACUUAAUCUGUUCAGUAUUUACUUUAUACCCUUAUAUACUUUAACCCUUCAAAUCAUGGCUACAAGAUAUCCCUACAAGAAAAGUAGCUGCCCCAAUUCCCUGCAGACUGAAAUGACUAUGAAUCAGAUUUACAUUGAGCUUUCAUUUUCCCCCAAAAUAAUUUAUUCAGCAUUGGUAAAUAAAAAAAAAAGAGCAGUUUGCCUGUUAAAAGCAAAAUGAAGGGAGAAGAUUAUUUUUAUUUUUUUUGUUAUCUUGUCAAAUUUAGUCCAAGAUAGUGCGACUCAUAUUAAGUUAAUGUUCCAAUUAUUUUAUUGCUGUCUUUUGUCUCUUUAUCUUUUUGUUCCUUUGAAGCAGAUCAAACUACCUUGGGCGUCUGAGUUUGUACACAUGACAUCUAGCAUGUAAGAGACUUACGUGUAUGGCUAUAGCAGUGCAAAAACCACUUGUACACAAGACUGUGAAUCUAAAUCAAGUCUAGUUAUUUUUGUAUUUGGCCAAAAUCAUUAUUGUGCCUUUUUUAAUACUCUAUAUCCAUAAGAGAAAAUACAAGUACAUUUAUAUUUCAAUGACAAUGUACCCAUUUCAGAAGGUUUACAUGCUUAUCCUUUUGACCAAGACGCCUUUUCUUUGUAUUUUGUCUGAACAUUUUUGCACAGAUGUUUGUAUUGCAAAAUCAUUUAUUAAAUGAUGUUGUUUGGUUAAA